ACCAGCUUGACAGGAUUAGCUUUGGCAUCUUCUGCUUUCAGGUCGAUCAGAUGGCUGAAAAGAACACAAAAUGUUGUUAUCUCUUAACCUUGGCUGCUGCAAGGAUUUUUCUUAUUUCUGCAGGAAGGCUCAAGCUCAACAAACAGUCUGUUGAAGAAGGAGAAACUGUCGUUUUCAGGUGUUUUGGGUCCCUUGGGAAUACAAAUAUCAUGAGUGGAGGUCAUUUUCUUCUCUACAGAAAUGGGCAGCCUUUUCGUAAAAUGGAAAGAACUGCAAUUAAUGAAAUUGGCAUCCUUACACUAGAGCGAAUUACAAAGACGUAUGAGGGGAUGUACUCAUGUGCACAUGAAAAAGAAAAUCCACAGAACUUGAAAUUUAUUCAUGAUAGCAGCUCAGUGAUCCUGGAAGUGAAAGAGUCUGUGGAUUCACUUCAUCUUACAGCAACGAAAAGGUCAUCAGACCAAGGAGUGAGUGUGACUUUCACAUGUCUAGUUUCCAUAAAUGCAAGACAAAAUAUCAAAUUUAGUAGGAAAGGACAUUUUGAGCUUCUCAAGAACGGCAAGGUUAUCGAUUCAGUCAAAGACAAGAUUGUGUUUGCAGCGACUUUUGAUUUGAAGAAUGUCAGUGAGACUGAGCAGGCCGAUUAUGUGUGUGUCUACAAAGACGGCGAGCUCUCCAUUAAGAGCAAACCAAUUUCCUUUCAAGCCCGAGGAGAAACAAUGAGCUCCACAGAUACAAACAUGACCGAAGUCUCAGAUCAAGAAGGUGAAAUGCUCCGUAAUGCUAUUCUCAUUCCCUUGGCAUUGACUGCAGUUGUAGUUUUGGCAUUUCUAGCAAUUGGAUUUGGCGUGUAUUUUAAAAACAAAGCAGGGGCUGCACGCACGGAAAAUGAAGCUCACUCGAUAUCUACCAUGGUGGGUAGUUCCUCUGAAGAGAAAGCCGUGUAUUCAGUACUGCAGAAUAAAAGGGAGAAGAGAAAGAGUUUGCCUGAAAGUGAGCACAGUACAGUCGUUUACUCUGAAGUUCAAAUCAAAUCCAAAAUCUGCACCACGUCUACCUGACCGAAUUACAGGCGACCGAGCGCAUCACCUGAGGGCCCAAGUCCUCAGUGUAAGUGCUGACUUCAUGUCUGAAAUGAUCUUUCAUUUCAAACAAUUCAGUAAAAUGUGUAAAAUGAAGACACUGGAUGGACAGGAGAAGUGAGCACUGCCUGACCAGACUGGGGACGCAAUGCCUAUGGACUUAAGAUUUGAGAGGAGCGGAAAGAACUGGACAAGAACGACUCCUCUUCCCUUUUCACUUGUGCACCUCCACUCUUUUAUUUAAGAGUGCGACCUGAAGACAAAGCAGCGCAAGAUGUUCUUGUAUUCAGUUUUGUAUUUAUUAUUAAAUUGUACCGAGAAUCCUGGCAGUAUCUCUGUUAACAGUUGUAAAAGUUGGGUGGGUAAGCAGCCAACAUGAAGAGUCAAAAACAGGUUGAUGUACCACCCUGGUGUGGCCUUUAUAUUGAAACAAAAAAGACAGCUGGCAAACUGCUCAAACAGAAAGCAAUCACUUUUGAUUUCUUUAACACUCGGGUAGGCGUUGAGGGACUCAGUCCUUCACUAGCAUCACUCUGAUGUUAUCAUUCUGGAAUAAGACUGGGGGGGAUUUUCUCUUUAUCAAUCGUCCUUCUUGUCUGCAGAGGGUGAAGGAGAAGACAACGGUAGUGUUGGUUCUUCCUCUCGUACCGGUGGGGAAACUGCUUAUCUCACAGGAGCCAGGAAGGUGGUCCUCAGACGCGCAUGUGUGUAUCGAUUAAUUCAAAUCAUAUAUCUGUUUAUUGAUUUACUCUAUGCCUUGAAUUUAAUAUUAGGAUGGCACAACUCUGCAGCAUGUCUCAAAGGAUCGGGAACAGAGCAGGAACCGGUUCACUCUCCUUUUUAUUGGGUUGUUUGGUUUCAUUGAUAAAGAAUCAUUGGAAAGGGUUCCUUUGCAUAUUAAAUCCUUUUUUUACAAUACAAUACAAUACAAUUUAUUUUUGUAAAUCACACAAGA